CCUGUUACAGGCCUGAAAAGGAGUUUUUAACAGUCAUCAGCUUGCACGACAUUUGCAUUCGGCUGAUGGUACUGAUCUCAGCAAGUCGGCCAACGGGAUGUAUAAAUAAUAUCUAGCAUUAUUAUCACCUGGUCAGUCUCUGGAGGAGCUUGCUUUGAUCGGUUAUAAUUUUGAUUUUAACUGAGUCUGCUGACACGUAACAGUAAUGUUGAAUGUUACCAGAAACACCGUAACUUCAUCCUGGGGCGCCGAGAAGCUUACAGUAUUUAUCCUGUUUCUUUCCGUGAUUGAUGGACUGGCAAUUCUUGGUAACACACUGGUAAUAUUAGUAAUACUGUGGACGAAAAGUCUCCGACGAAUGGAAGCCAACUCGUUCGUAAUGAGUCUAUCUAUUGCCGAUUUGCUCGUCGCGUUAACCAUUGUACCCAUAACAAUUGCAUCGCUGGUGAAUCCACAAAAUCACCCUUACGAUAAGUUUAAGACUUUUCUUGGGGUCGGGAAUUUUUUCUUUUGUAUUUGUUCAAUCAUGAAUCUAACUCUCUUAUCACUGGACCGUUAUUUUGCCAUUACGUCUCCAUAUCGAUACUUGGACUUUCUGACACACAAGAGAGCAUGUUCCCUGUGUAUCCUGAUCUGGGUCUAUUCGCUUGGAUUUUCUCUACCGCCUGUUUUUGGGAUCAGUUCGUACUCCUGUUUUAUUCCUAAUUUCGAGACUUGUAGAGAAGACGUUUGGCGAUCUUCUGACACGUUAGUUUUUGCUCUUCUUGUUCUGGGAUUCACGUAUGGACUAAGCUUAGUGUCUAUGAGUUACUGUUACUGGAAAAUCUUCAAGGUUGCUCGCUCACAUUCAAGGCGAAUUGCAGCACAGCAAUCGUUCAGAAUAUCUGUAAAAACCAAAAAUCAAUUUGUAGAGCAAAACGCACGGACGACGCAGAACCUAGCAUUAGAAGUAUCAAAAGCGGAAGAGAUCAAGUCACAGAGUAUCCAAUCACAUCAAAAUGGACAAAUCAAUGGAAAUGAUACUGAAACAGCUGGUUUUCGUUGGGUUGAAAAAUCCCUAAUCGACAUAGUCAUAGCGCCAUGGAUAAUUGGACCUAAGAGACCUAUUAACACAAAGAAUCCAGAUUUCGAACAUUCUCUCCACAGUUCAGCAGAUUCUGACGGAUCAAGUAAAAAUUCUGACAAAAACUUCACCAAAAACGAAAUGCGCGUAGCAAGAAGCUUUCUAAUCGUCAUAGGGCUAUACGUUUUGUGCUGGACGCCAUUUUGCUUGAUCUUAGCGUUAGAAAUUUUUCUAAGGCGUAAAUUAAGUGAAGAAGCCAGUCUUAUUUGUCUAUGGAUAGGCUACACUAAUAGUUGCGUAAACCCUUUUAUCUAUACCUGGAAAUAUAGGCAGUUCAGAUGUGCCUUAAUUAGACUCUGGAGGAACUGUAAACUACUAUUAAGAGAAUAAACUGUACUAAACUUAAUUGAGAUACUGUACCUCGUAGUAAAUACUCGCUAUUGUAAAUAGUGUAAAGACUAGCUACUGUAUAUGAAAGGGUUUUGAGUACUGUAGUGUAUAAAGGGUUUGAGGAACUAAUUAAAUUACAAGGAUCAGUAGUGGUAA